AGAAGAAUUUUAGGCUGUUGUUCUCUUCGUUGCAUUCAGUUGUGGUUCUUUGAGCGCCUUCCUGACCCGGAUGGCGAACGAGCGGCUCCGAGUCCUGGAGGAGGUGGAGAAGGACAUCGCGGUGGUCCUGCAGUGCGCCGGAAACAUUGUUCUGGAGCUCUCCAAAGACAAACACAACGCCAGCCUCCUGGACAGGCAACUGGUCCAGUUCCAGACGUCAAUCGGUCGAGUGGAGAAUGAACUGGGCGCCCAGAUCCGCUACCUCACACAGGUAGCUACUGGUCAGCCACACGAGGGCUCCACUUACUCAACCAGGAAGGACUGUCAGAUGUCACUGAACAGAGCAGAGUAUGCAAAGGUCAAGCUGGGAGAACUGGGCCGGACAUGUGAAGCCAUGCUGGAGCAGCAGCAGCAGCAGCAGAUAUGACAGAACAUAAUCGGUAACGUGGGACUGUGUGUCAGUAUGGUGCCUAAAACUGUCGGAGUGAUACAAACCAAGACGCUGGACUAAAGGCAGGCGUUGAUUCGUCAAUUAGUGGCAUUUUUUUAAAACACAAACCUUUCAUUUUGUAAUUUUAUGUUAUGCAACAUUCAAUAAACUUGUACAUUUCUGAACAUCUCCUACA